AGUUCUCAAGGUCGUAGCCUUGAGGAUCCUGCUUCGACAACGUUUCAUCGAUUUCUCGUUCCAUCACUCACAUUUGUGUAAUACAACUACAUACGUAUUUUAUGAGGUAUCAUAAUUCACUUCUUCAACUGAAUAAUUCAUUGAACAAUUGAACAAUUAUUAUUCAAACAAAAACAAACGGCGCGAAAAUUAGAAGAUACGCCCACACACACACACACACACACACACGGGGAAAGAAUAAAGAUGCACGCAUCAGAUCGAUUGAAACAUGAAGAAUUUACAAAACGUGUUGGUUAUACUUCUGUUGUAGAAAUUCUGUGCAUCUCUAUAUUUCUAAUUAUUAUGCAUUGGUUACGAUUUCUUGUUUGUACACAAUUUCAGUUAAAGUCUAAAAAUCGAUUAUUUAUACUUACUUUUAUGGAUUAUUUUUUCAUUUUAAUACCACUUUUAUUGAUUUUAACCUUUUUCGCUUCAUAUAUUAUUAUCAUUACCAGUGUAUGUCUUAUAAUUUGUAUUCUUUGGACAAUAUUACCUAGUGCUAAUCGUUUCCAGUCUCCGUGUGAGUUAAACUCACUUUCAAUUGAUACCAUGGUGGCUUAUUUAAGAUCUGAAAUCUAUGUAAUAAGUUGUGUUAUGAUCUAUUGUAUUGAUUUGCCAAUAUGUCCAAGACGUUUUGCUAAAUCUGAGCUGGACAGUAUCAGUUUAAUGGAUGUUGGUACUGGGUUUUUCAUAGUUGCUUCAGGUAUAUCAGCAUCUAAGCAAACCUUUCAAAUGAAUAUUCAUCCUAAUAAUAAGCCGCCUGGUAAAAAUUUUCUCCAGUGUAUGCUGAAUUCUGUAGCGCCAUGUAUAAUUUUAGGCUUGCUGAGAACAUUUUUUGUUCAAAUGACAAAUUAUCAACAAAGUAUUACAGAAUAUGGUGUACAUUGGAAUUUUUUCUAUACAGUCGGUAUAAUUCGUGCUAUUUCCUUGAUAGUUACAACAAAAAAUACAUUUAGUAAAUAUUUAUUAGGUUUUUCAAUGAAAAGACAAAUACAAUUUUAUUUUCUACUAGCUGGUGCAUUUUUAUUUCUAUCCGAAUUUUUACCAAUUCUAGUUUGGCAUGAAUAUUUUAAGCCAAGAUGGCAAUUUAAUCCAGUUACACUGAAGUUUAUUGACGAGAAUCGAUCAACUUCUCUUUUGAUGGCUAAUUUUGAAGGUGUCAUCUCUUUACCGGGUUAUGCAGCAUUAUAUUUUUGGGGUUUAGGCGCUUCAAGUCUAGUACGUAUUUAUUUCUACACCAACAACAAGGAUACUGAUGUAGAUACAGUGAAAACAAGAUCUCUACCAAAAAUUCGAUUACGUAAUCUUCUCCUAUCGUGUGGUUUAUUUGUUCUAGGUGCUUUAAUGUGUAUAUACAUGCUGAAUGGUUUUGACAUGAUAUCUAGACGUUUCGCUAAUGCGAAUUAUGUAUUCAGCAUUAUAUUUCUUAAAGUUACCGCUUUUAUUGUCUACGCUACAAUGUUUUCAUUGUUGAUUAAAUUUAAACAAAACUUUUUGAUACAUUUAGUGUAUUCUCCGCUUUGUUUAUGCGUGAAUUCUAAAGGUAUGCUGUAUUUUAUUAUUUCAAAUUUGUUAACAGGCUUUUUAAAUUCAGUUUGUUUUAAUACGUUGAAUUUUUUACCGGAAGAGGGAAAUUUAAAUUAUUAUACCGGGACAUAUGAUAAUCUGAAUUGGUAUUCAUCAAUGUUACAAUUUUGUAUACUUUUAGCGUAUACAACUUUAUCUGCAGGAUUUGUAUUUUUGUUAUAUUAUCGUAAUAAUAAUUUGCUGAAAUCUUUUAAUUUUUAUUCGAAAUAAAUAUGACUUCAUUUGAA